CAUUUAUUCCAUAUUUGCCAAUUUUGCACCACUCUUGGGAGCGUUACGUCGAAAUUUCCAGUUCGAACCAUGAUGGCAGGGUUUGGAUAAUUAAUUGCACCGACAAACCGCGUUUUAAGUGAAAGUAAAUCGGACACGAGGUUCAAGGUUUCGGUUACGUCGUCAAUAAUCCUGUUUUAGAUAGCGAAAGUCGCAAUUUUUCGCAUAGCUUAGGGAUUUUUUCACCGAAAGAAAAAGGCAGCCAUCUUUGAAUUUCAAUAUUCAAGUCAGAAAAUCGAUUUCGUUGCGGCUGCGGAGAUAGACAAAGUAUAUACAUGCCCGCCUGCUAUUAUACAUUGAGACAGCGACCUAUUCGCAGUUCGGAUUGUGCUUGUGUGAGUUAGAUACCUAGAGCUUUCGUCGCGGAGUCGGUAAAAUCGUGAAACGUGAAUAUUUUGGUGAAACGGACUUCUGUGAGGCUCAUAUUCGUAUUUAAGAAAUGUUCCGGAACGCACAAACUACCCGCGGAUCUUGUUAUACGUAGUGUGUAAGCAAAAAGUGGAAAUCAGUUGUUUUUCGAUAAAGUUUGAACCAACAACAGAAUGAGUGAACACGAAGAUCUAGAAGACGGAGAGAUUGAAGAUGAUGAAGAAGAAGAAGUCAUAGCAAAACCAGUGGUGAUCAUAGAAACCGUUCCUUCCAUUUCCGAUCCACAACCGAAUGAUGAAGAUUGGGACAAGGGGGACAAGGCACAAGAAAUUAGUGAAAAGGUGCAGAAUGUAAAGAACAUUAACGAUACCAAGGCACGACUUAUUAAUGAACUCGCGCCACCCAAAGCACCCAAAAGAAGCAAGCCCGCUCCGGUAGUCGAUGAUUGGGCAACGAGUGUGGAAACUGCCAUUGCCAAUGCACUCAAGAAAGACGGUGUUCAACCUCCGAUGCCCUCAAUCAGCCACCGUCACGAUGAUAACGACGACGAUAGGCCAUCAAAGCGGAAGCGGCGGGAGAAGCAAAAGAAAAAAUCUGGUACUGAAAAACCGGAAGAAUUGGAAGAGAUUGAUUUGGAGUAUGAAAUGAUGAACGUCCGAGGUGGCAGUCCAAGACCAACACUGGGCGCAGGUGGUAGUAGCCAACCAGAUCGAAGUGAUUCCGAAGACAGUUACUCAUCUGACGAUUCCCGUGAUCGAGAGCGGGAACGUGACCGGGAACGGCGGGAUCGUGACCGGGAGCGAGACCGAGAGUAUAACCGCCGGAAGCGCAAGAAUCGACAACGUAAUAGAGCGAAUCGUGACAACAGGAAACGCAAACGGGACGAUUCGGAUGAUGAAAAGCAUCACCGUAACAGCGGUCCACGCAAGAUGGAACUGUGCAAAUUUUAUCUGAUGGAUUGCUGCGCAAAGCGUGAGAAAUGUCUAUACAUGCACUCAGAUUUUCCUUGCAAGUAUUACUAUUUGGGUUUAAAGUGCAAGGAAAAGGAAAAGUGCCUGUUUAGCCAUGGUGAACCACUCUCGGAUGAGUUGAGGGCUAUUUUGAUGAAGCAUCUGGAGACUGCUCCUCAAGAAAUUCUCGGUGAUUUUCCCCGUAUCGGGCGAGAAAGUGCAGCCAAUAUGGUAAAUGCAACCCACCGUAAGCUGAUGGAAAAAUACGGAAUGACUAACAAAACUGGACCUGAAGGUGAAGCUGCAGACGGUAAGAUUCCUUCAUUGUUGGAUAUGGUAGGACAGGGUGGUAAGAAUCGCCGAUCAAGGUGGUGCGAUAAGUCAUCUGGUUCAACAGCUGGUGGUAAACCAACAGGAAAUGCCAAUGCUGGUGAAGAAUUUUUAAGUUUGAAGUAUUUGUCUGGAGUUAUAUCGCAGGAUCAAAUCGAUAAUCUCGAGCGAAUGGGUAUUCACGAUCUGAAUCAGAUCAUGACGCUUACUGUGGCACAGUUGAAUGAACUUGGAUUAAGUGUGACCCAAAUUCACGAACUGCAGUUGAAUGCGCUAAAUAUGCAGAAAUUGCGGGAAAACAUAGCAAAGCAAAACUUGCAAGCGGAUGACCCAGAAUAUGGACCGGAAUUCGGUGAGUCAACAUCAGCAGUAUCGUUGGGAAGUAGUAAGGACUUGGACAUGCGAGUAACUCCUUCUCAUACAUCGCUGCCGACCAAAGAAACGUCUAAUAUUCCUGCGUUAGGAGGGCAGGAUGUGGACAUGAGAUUCCUUCCAAUGAUCAACACUGGUCGACAUGAAGCUACUGGAGGUGACAAUUCCAACAGUCAGGAGGAUAGCCUGGAAAUCGUAUCCACAUCUCUAACCAGUCUCAUCAAAACGCCUACAGUUGAUUACUCCCAGUAUCUCAAGGAUUCCAACCUGAACGACGAUGACGAUAUGGAUAAUACCGAGAACGCUGGCAAUCUUUUAAUAGCCAACGACGAUGACGAUGAUGAUGAUGAUGAUGACGAAGAAAACAAUCUCAAGAUCAGUAUCGAAGACGAGGAACAGUAUGAUAAUGGCAAAUAUAGCAGCAGCAAGGAUCAAGAGAACGCAAAUAGCACAGCUCGUGCACUGCAGCCGGCAGUGUUUGAUACAAAGCUUGUGAGUCGACCAUUAACCACCCAAAAGAUUGACUACACGAAACCAUUCGGAAUGUAUAGGGCAGCAGAUGAUGAACCCGAAAAGCCUAGUGAUUCUUGUAUACUCGAUCGUUAUGGAAAUGAUUCCGAGCCCACGGUUAAAAAGAAACCAGACUUAUUAAGUCGAACGUCAAUGUACAGUAAUGUCAACAUACCAGAAAACACCGGUGACAGUUCACCAUCAUCGCAUAAGCAGACGGAUUCCCCUGCCAGCACUCCAACCGUGGGAUGGACACCAACGGGGGGCAGUACGGCUACUGCCACUGUUGGCAAACCGGUGCCCUCGUCGAAUAAACCUGCACGACCAUCGAUUUAUGAUGAUCCUUAUGGCAGUGACGAUAGUGGUGAUAGUGAUUCUAAAUCCAAAGCCUCUCUGUACGCGGAUAGGGAUAAAGAUAUGAGACUGAACUUCCUUUCCUUGGAUGCUAAGAUGGGAGAAGAUGGAAAUACCGACGUUGAUCUUCGGCUACCUUUCAAACCUAUCAUGACCAACUAUAUACCGGCAACGGAAAUUGAUGCCUCCAUUACCUCUCAUGUUCCAAUCGUCUAUAAGGUUCACGAAGUUGACGUUCCUAAGCCAAACUAUAAAGAUAUUCGACGGAAUACGCCCAGGCCAGAACGAACCAAGGAUCCUCGACUCAGGCGGAUAUUUGGAAUGUACACUGAAGGCGACAGCGAGAAUAAUUCCAAAUCGGAUUUUUUACUAACUGGUUUAAGGUCCCCUAAAUCAGUAUCAUCCUCGUUGGCAACGGUUCCCGUUGCACCCCGUGUAGAUCCUCGAACGAAGCGCAUUCAAGAGAGUAAAAUUCAAAGUCCUGGUCAUGACAGCAGUGGCAGCAGUGGUACAAACAAUCCCAACAUAAACCCUAUUCAACUUGACGUACAAACCAUCCUGCAGCGUUCGAUCUGGUACACGGAUCUCAGCUCAAAACACAAGAUCAUGGUCAACCAGCAGCUGGCAAUACUAACAACGGAAAUGAAAAAGUACCACAACUCCGACAAAUCCACCGAUAAGUUGGCAGAUUUUAUGCAUCAGUUGGCUAACAACCAGAUGCUGCAGUUUAUCCUGACCAACUUGAACGUAUAUGUCGACGAUUCGGUAUCAUUUUGUGAAGUACCUUUGGUACCUUCUCAGCCCCCGCCACUAAUGUCGGUACCACCUCCCAACCUAGGAAUGCCCCCUAUGGGUCAUAUUCCUCCAGUGAAUAUUCCUCCACCCAUACAAAAACCACCGUCGUUGUUCGAUCUACCCAGGUUCAAUUGUCCGCCAGAAGUUCGACCUGGAUUGUUGGGCGUAGCACCCAAUAUGCCCUUUGAGCAAUUCCUAGCGAUGGGACAAAUCAACAAAAACAACAACCCGCCACCCCUGUUGGAUGAAUGGGUCGAUGACUACAAUGAUGGAGGCGGAGCUGGAUUUGUUCCUAAUUUUGAGAGAAACAACCCGAGCAAUUUCGGAAACAUGCGAGGCAACGUUAUGCGGAAUAACAACCGACAAGGAGGGGGUAACUUUAGAAAUAAUGAACGUUGGAACAACUCCGGAGGUGGUAACAAUCCUAAUCGUCGGAAUAAUAACAAUCAUCGUCGGAUGGACAAAAAGAAAUAAUUCUUACUCUAGUAAGCAGUUGUGUUUGGUAAAUCCCAGUUUUUUGUGGAUUUUUUUUUGUACAUUGGAGACAACAGGAAAACUUGAACUUGGAAGGCACUUAACAAUACCGGUUGUAUUAUUAGUGUCGCCUGCCCUUGUUGGCAUGCGUUUAUCUUCCCUAGUGGUAGCUUUGAAUUCUCCGUAAUUAGUGAGAUUGCAAGCAAGCUGCCGACGAGCUUCCAUUCCUGACUCCUUUUUUUAAAAUUUGUGUUGUUUAUUUUACUAAAGGGCUACUUUGUAAAUAUAGAUGUUCUUUGUUGAUAGGACAUGAGUAGGGCUCACCACUAAACUGAUAGUUUACCGUACGGAAAGGAAUAUUACUCAAACUUCGAACGUAAAAGCAAAUGAAUAAAAUUUAUUAUGAAAUCUUAGCGUAAGACAAUUUAAUCCCAAUGAGUAUUUAUAGUUCGCCGCUUUAAUUUUUCUUCGGCUUUUUACUUAUACAAGGUUUGACUGAAAAAUUAAUUUAAUUGGAAAAAUUGCAAUUUCAAGCAGCAAAACAGUGCUUCAAACCACUACGAAAUUAGUUGGCAAUAUUGAUGAAGCCGAAUGGAGAAAUAUACUAAUAAGGAUACUAUUACGUUUUCAGUCAACAUGUAACAAUAAGAAGUAUUGUAAUUAGUAGCAAAAUGAAGAGAUUAUUCUUAAAGUCAAAGAUCCAAAAGUUUACACGCAA